AUGGAUGACAUGUUACCUGGUUUCAGAUUUCAUCCAACAGAUGAAGAACUUGUUGGAUUCUACUUGAAGAAGAAGAUUCAACAUCGAUCUCUUUCCAUCCAGCUUAUUCAACAAGUCGAUAUAUACAAAUAUGAUCCAUGGGAUCUUCCAAAUUUGGCUCCGUCGGGAGAAAAAGAGUGGUACUUUUAUUGUCCAAGGGAUCGUAAAUACAAGAAUAGCACACGACCGAAUCGUGUCACGGGAGCUGGUUUUUGGAAGGCUACGGGCACCGACCGCCCGAUUUACUCGUCGGAUGGAACUAAGUGCAUUGGUUUAAAGAAGUCGUUGGUGUUCUAUCGUGGUCGAGCUGCAAAAGGGAUAAAAACGGAUUGGAUGAUGCACGAGUUUCGACUUCCUACACUUGCGGAACCGGCAUCGGCUAAAAAGAUUCAAGAUAAAAACAUUCCUCCAAAUGAUGGUUGGGCAAUAUGUAGGAUAUUCAAGAAAAUGAGUUCGAUGGCGCAACGAGCACUUUCUCAGACGUGCGUAUCUUCGUCGGAGUUCUUCUCGCCGGCGAUGAACCACUUCAGUCCGGAAAACAUCUCUUCCAUAACUCAUCAUCAUCUUUCAGACAUCACCGACUUAAAGCCAUCUCCAACUUGCAGCUUUUCCGAUCUUGCAAUCCCAUCAUCAUACACAUCGUUAACUCAAACCACUUAUAGCAACCAAUCUCCAUUUCUCCCAUCACCCUUCACGGAUAACCAUGGCGGAUUCAUGCUUUCAUCCGCGGAUCCAACUGCAAAUGUUGGUUCAAUGGUGAUAAAUUUGGAAGGUGGAAGCAAGAAUUCUGAUCAAAGCAUGGGACGGGGACAGCAAUUUCAAGCUUUUGAUAACUUUGCGGUGAACCAUUAUUGUGAUCAGGAGCUGGGAAGUGCUGGGUUUCCGAUCAGUUUUCCGGCGACUGGUGGUACAGAUGAAUGGAAACUUGAUAUGUCAUGGGAUUCAUCACCUCCUCCAUGUCGUAGUGAAUCCACUACUUAUUCCACAAAUAGGUAUCAUAAUUGA